GUGGCGGACUCCUCCAAGACAGACCACACGAUCUACGUGACAAGCUCAAUAUUGGCCGCCGACUGGGACAGUUUAAAUGGGCUUUGGCAGCUCAAGCAUCCCCAAACAACAAUGAAGCUCCUCGUUCCAGCCCUCCUCCUUGCCGCUGCCGUCUCCGCCCAAGAGCCCGAGACGUACACGUCGUGCCACCUGACGUGUGCGGCGGCCAACGCCACGUCCGUGUGCCAGAACGCCAACUGGAACGACACUAGCUGCCUCUGCAAUGGCGACUUCCAACAGAGCGUCAAGGUGUGCCUGUACCGCUCCGGGUGCAACACGGAUGUGCCCAGUUGGUUUGAGAAGGCGCGGCGUGCUUGUGAGAGCGCGGGAGUCGCGAUCGCCUCGGCCACUGGCAACUACUCCCGCCCCGGCGCGACCGGCAGCCGUGGUGGUGGCGGCGGCGGCGGUGGAGCCAGUGCCGCGUCAAGCUCGGCCGCCGCUGCGCCAGCGUCCACUACGGCGUCGUCGGCUUCACGUGUUGUGGCGGCUUCCGCGGGCACCCUGGUUCUCGGUGCUGCCGUUGCUAUGCUCCUUUAGAAAUCUGUCCAAAAGACAUUGUAGUUAAAUGAAGCUUGCAUUGUGAGCCAAUUUGCGUCAAUUGUGAUAUAGAUGGUGCAUACUAUCCGGGCUGAGAUACCACGACGAAGGAAACCGUUCUGAUGAAAACCUCGCUGAAGCGCGAAUUUGGUACAGUGAUGCAAUGCAAUGCGGUCUAUGCU